AUGGACAAAGGAAAUCUCAGCGGAAUUCUCCUUAUAGACUUCCGGAAAGCGUUCGACCUUAUAAACUAUGACCUUCUACUACAGAAACUUGCCAUUUAUGGUCUUAAAGAAUCAACACUCCAGUGGUUCAAGUCUUAUCUCACGGAACGAAAGCAACUAGUGUCUAUCGGACGUGCACCUUCAGAUCUCCUACCAGUACAUACCGGUGUUCCACAAGGUUCAUCACUUGGACCGCUUUUCUUCAUUUUAUUCAUCAACGACAUCCCACUUGUUAACAAAGAAUGCAAUUCCUACAUCUAUGUAGAUGACACCACCUUGGCCAAGUCAGGGACAUCCAUCAACACCGUUAGAUCACAUCUACAAACUGGUGCUGACAACCAAAGUAACUGGGCCUCUGAGAAUAGAAUGGCCAUCCAUCCCAACAAGACUAAGGUCAUGCUUAUUGGAUCACGACAAAAACUUUCAACCAUCAACGAACCGCUCAAUGUUUCUAUCUGCGGAACCACCAUCUCCCAAACAACCUGCGAAAAACUACUUGGUGUGCACAUGGAUGACUCACUCACAUGA